AUGCCUAUUCUGCCAGACCCAACAGAAAUCCCCGUUGUGCUCAAACGGCUCGUCAAACCUCCGACGUUGGACUUCGAGACGGCGCUGUGGGAAAUCUUCUAUCUCCUUUUUGCCCCGCGCAGGGUCUACAAGCAGCUAUACUACCGCAAACAAACCAAGAACCGCUGGUCGCGCGACGACCCUAGCUUUGUCAUUUUGCUUGUAUUCUUCUUGACCGUCAGCGCUGUUGCCUGGGGACUCGCAUAUACUAGUGGGGCCGUGGCGAUCUUACGGAUGGUCUUGUACAUGGUGGUGAUUGACUUUUUGGCAACAGGAUUCGCCAUUGCGACCGUCGGCUGGCUUUUGGCCAACAGGUUGUUCAAGAAGAGUUCCCCGGCUACUAUUGGCGGCGUCAGCGAUGAGGAGUUGGAAUGGGCGUUCUGCUUCGACAUCCACUGCAACAGCUUCUUGAUCAUCUGGGUGUCGCUCUACUUGGUACAAUUUGUCUUGUUACCGGUCUUAACGUUGGACAACUGGCUCUCGCUCUUCUUGGGCAACACCAUGUACUUUGGCGCUCUCAGCUACUACUUUGUAAUCACCUUCUAUGGCUACAACGCCUUGCCCUUUUUGGAACACACCGAGAUGAUUUUGUUUCCGAUACCAGUCGUGGCGGCCCUCUACUUAUGCAGUUUGUUUGGCUUCAGCAUGGUCAAGCACAUGAGCAGCUUGUACUUUAAUUAACGGCCGGGUGGUAUUUGAAAAUCCUUCCCUUCCUCCCCACUGCAAAUCGUCAUAAUUAAUGUUAUAUGAAUAGUGCCCGUUAAAUUGUACGAGAAAUGCAAUUCAAAACUAAAGUCGUCAAUCAGUUUUUGAUUAAAGGCAGUCCGGUAUGAGGUGUAGCUGACAUUUGCAAUCGAUUUUGCUAAAAUUCAAAUGAGUAUACUAGUAAAAGCAUUGUGUCACAGGAAAUUCAACACUAAAUGGCUUUAUAUAACCCUGUCCUCGGGGAAUAAAGUGGCGAUGUCAGUGCUCAAGCUGAGGUAAACGUUUCAUUAUAUGGUAAGCUUUCUGUUCCCAGUUGAGUUAAUAUCUCUCGCCCAACCUUC